GUCCCAUCUACAUAGCAACAAGCUGCGUUUGGAAGCCCAAGACACAAAUCCUGUUUGGCGUAGCGUGCAGCAAAGCAGCCCACCGCCCACUCUCGCCCGCCAAAAGAAGAAACCAUUCGAUACACACGGACAGCCCUGCCCGUGCCCAUUUUGCAAGGGUAUUGUCCGAUUUGGCCGUUCGAUCUGGGCCGUUUACCAUCAUAGGUGUCUCUCGUGCUUUGUCUCGACAGUGUUAGUCAACUUUGCUGUCGCUUGGACUAGUACCGCUAGAUUGCUGUGAUGGAUAACGGUUGAAUGGGAACCCUUUUUCUUCCAUCUGAUUGCACUCACUCACUCACUCGCACAAAGGCAACAAUACAUCACCAGAAAAACCUCUUUUCUCAUUCACUCACACGCCCACUCACUCACUCGCCAGUAGCUGCUAGCUAAUAGAGCUUUUGUGUGAUCUGCACAAAAUCAAACCAAGCCAAGCCCAGCCUAGAACCGUGUGUAUGGAAGCCUCUCAUCACCAUCCCAGCCUGCCAAGAUGCAACCCUUAAAGCAUCAAUCGUCGCCUACAAAUUCCAUCGAUGGAGGGCCCGCGGUGCCCGAGGAUCCAUCCGCUCGAAGGGCUGUAAGAAAACACCUUUCCCCCCGUUCUCCCCUAUUAUUUUGCCAAUCAUCACAUGUCAUAUUUCGUCAUCCCUGAGCCUGCUCCUACAAAAAAAAAAAACAAAGCAAAACUCUAUCCCAAAUGCCUGCUAAUCCCUCAUAUAUAGUGUGACCAAUGCCGAUUGAGAAAGAUUCGCUGCGACAAAGACUGGCCUUGUUCUAAUUGUAGGACGGCAAAGCGCUCAUGUACUUCCACAGGAGCCGGUCAGCGACCAAAGGAGCACCGCCAGCGCGUGUUGAUCUCCUCGCAAUAGUACGUACUGAGCUGUUUUUUCUCUCUUCUUCUCUUUCUCCCUCAAAGUGAGCAUAUUUAUUUGCAUCACAUAUCCACCUAUACGCCAUCACUUUACUCUUUCCAUACCUGGCCCCCUCUUGUAUAUACUUGCAAUAUCCCAUUGCCCUCCUCCCCUGUAGAAGCCCCGAAAGAGAGAGAUAUUUACACACCCUUAACCCAAUGGCUGUCAUACUAACGCCAAAUCGUAGUGAACGCAAGAUUGACAUGAUAGAGUCUCGGCUGGGAAGCAUUGAGACUCUUCUUCAUGGCCUGUCGCAUCCGUUUGGAGGUAGCCGCGAGACCACGGCCGUAGAAAUAUCGUCGUCUCGCGCUGAGCACACGCCCCAGACGGGCAGCAGCUCCGCCCCGACGUGUGAGUCUGGCAUUGAUGGCGACAGCGGCGGCGAGGAAGAAGCCUCGUUUGGCGGUGACCAGGGACUCACUGCCCACACGGCCUUUGCCAGUGAGUUCCUCGAGCGCGCUGUCAAGCGCACGUCGCUGCGCUCGCCCAAUCCCAAGAUGGAGGCUGCCCUUGCCAAUCUUGGACAGCUGGUGUCCAUGCAGAAGAAGAGCACGUCGGGAUUCAAGGCAAAGUUUGUACAGCGUCCGAUUCCCCCGGGCGGCGUCACGAAACUCUCACUGCCGCCCAUGUCGACUGUUGUAGAGCUCCUCAAGAAGGACAAAGCUGUUCCUCUCAGUCUCUUUUCCAUCAUGUGCUCGUUGACGGGCAUUACCGAUGUGGCCAACAUCUGCCGCACCGUGUACUUCCCAACCGAGGACGUCUCUGAGAGCAUCUUUGUCAUUGUCAAUGCUCUCCUGUACAAUUUGUUUCUCGAACACUGCUCGCACACAACAGACGCAGCCGUGCGUGAAGAAUAUCUUGCCCACUUCCAUCUCUGCCGAGCGAACCUUGAGACUGCUCUAGCCAAUCUCCCCAUGCUGCUGUCUCCCAAGGUGGAAAAUGCGCAAGCCCUUCUCUUUGGUUGUCUCUACUCAGUAGACGUCUCACGACCAACAGCUGCUUGGCACUUUGCAUCAGCCGGCGCCCAGCUCUGCAUUACUGGCGGCUUCCAUCGUGCCGAAGCUCUCAAGGACAACCCACCGCACAUUGCACGCAUCAAGCGCAUCAUCUUUUGGCACAUUUAUACUGUAGAUAAGUCACUAGGUCUGCGCUUAGGCCGUGCCUCGUCCAUCCAGGAAUGUGACAUCUCCAUUGCCCGCGAGUUUGAGUUUGACGACUUUGGCCCAGCCGGCGCGGACAGCGUGCCUACCAUGUGGGUGGAAGUAAGCGGUCUCCAGGGCCGUAUUUACGAACUUUUAUAUAGUCCUGCUGCGCUGGCAUGUCCCCCUGCAACGCUUGCCACGCGUGCUAGAGCACUGGCUGAAGACAUUCUGCGAUUGGAAGAUCGCGCCGCCAUGUCGAGAAAACGCGCAUACGAGUACAUGGAGAAGAAGAACUGCUCCGAUAUGGUCGACUUGUUUAUCCGUGGCGACGAGGUGCAGUUCUACGUCACGCUAACGCUGGCGUAUCGUGUGAUUCCAUCGCCCGAAGGCUCGCCAAGCCGCUUUAGCGAAGAGUGUCUGGAUGCGGCUCGUAUGGCUAUCCGUGCCCAUCAUGACUGCGUGAGCAAGAUUGAUCUGACGAGCUUUACAAAAGCAACCUAUGUACACUGGAACUUGCUCGUCACUCCCUUUGCGCCUUUCUUUGUGCUCUUCUGCUACGUCAUUGAGACACUAUCAGCCGAAGACAUGCUGAUGCUCAAGGAAUUUGCCGCGUCACUAGCGCUAACCCGCGACUCGUCCGAGGCCAUGGAGAAGCUGUACCGUCUGUGCCAAGUCAUGUACGACGUGUUGGCUAUCUAUGUCGAGACCAAGACGCAGCACCCACAGGACCAGGGCUUCGUGCCCAUGGGCGACGAGUUUGAAAUGUAUAUGGGCCAGCUGGGCCUGAUUCCCAUGGAGGACCAUACCAUGGGCAAUGCCGGCGGCGCAAACACGGCCGCUGGGCAGCAAGAUGUCGCGGCAUCUGUGCAGAAUAGCAGCCAAGUGGCGCAGAUUGCGGACUGGUUCUCGGGCAACCGAAACAUGGUUGGUCUGCUAGAAGCUGAUUUGUCGAAUAUUGAAUCGUAUCGAUGGAUGCAGCAGGGCAAUGGCAUGUAAAGCGAAGCAUAAAAAUACUGUCGGAGUGGUUUGGCGUUAUAACCUUUUUUUUUCCUGGGGGUGUUUGAUUUGGUGUGGCCUUGAUACCAAGAAAAGUGUCGUAGUUUAUGUCGUGACGAUGUAUGAAUGAAGCAAGAAUCGCAUCUCUCUUUUUAACAUGUCUUCAAUCGGUCGGGUAUCGAGGGUCGUAGACUUCGUAGCCUUCGUCUUCGGUGUCGCUUUCGUCAGUAGCCAUUGGCAACUUCGCUGGAGCAGCAGCAGCAGCAGCAGCAGCAGUAGGUUGUUGAGUAGGCUGAGGAACAGGCACCGUAGCACCCUGAAUAGGAGCCAUUGUGCUCUUGAAGCCGCUCUUUUUAAAACCUCCCUUUUUGAAUCCUGCACCGGCAGUGGUAUUUGCAGCGCCCGCUCCACUGCUGGGUAGCUUGAUGCUCAAGAGUCCGCCGGCCUUGUCGUCAGCCUUGCGCGCUCUGGCACCGGCCGACGAGUCGCGGACCAUGGCCUUCAUGUCCUUGAGGCGCUGCUUGUGGCUGUGAUCAUAGCUGCUGAGAUGUGCUUCGUAGUCGUUCAUGCGCGUGUAGCCCUUUGCGCAGAGCUCGCAGUAAAAGGACUUUUGGGCCUCUCUGGCCGAGCUAGUCUGCGCGGGGGGCAGCGUGUGGUGUCG